UCAAGAAAACAGAGGUUGAUGGCAAGAAGGCGACACGCCGCUAACGCCUGCCACCAAGCUGACGGUCCUGAUUCAACAACACCAAAUCACCUUUCAACAAUCCAAUGAUGAAGCGGUAAAGCUCCCGAUUCCAAUCAACGUUUAUUGAACACGAAACUAUUGUCAAACCAUCUUCAUUCAUUGCCGGUGCUUCUCGAUGAGGUGAGGCAUAGUCAGGGAAAAGAAAGAGAGUAAUCGUAAAAGGAGAAAAAUAAGUGGAAGUGUAAAUGGGAAGUGUAUGGGUCUGUUCUUUCCCCACCUGCACCACGCUUCCUUGUCGCCACUGCAUUUUCUCUCCAACGCACCUUCUUCAUCACUCCACCACUCUCUCUAUCCGCGCUAGUGCUUCUCAAACCACCACCAACGCAAGAACAAGAACAAGAAGGAGUCGGAGAAUCAAGAGCGACGCCGAGAUCUGCAACGAUGUCCGCGAAUUUCUCGCUUCGGUUGGCCUUCCGGAUGACCACAUUCCCUCCACCAAGGAGCUUCUGCUCCACGGAUGGAAUGACCUGGCAAACAUUGUCAGAAGGAGAGGACACAAACAGAUUCAGCAGCUUCUCACUGGCAGCUUAUUAAAAGCUGAUGCUGAUUUUUUAAGUGCUGAAAAUAGUUUAGACGAGAGAUUGGACACCCCGAAUAUUUUUGAAGAUCCCUUAACAGGUCAGAAUGAAAAGGUGGACAGUGUAGUAGACAAUGUCGAAACAUCAUCAGAAUAUUUUCUGGGAAGUAGUUCUAGUAGUUUGUAUGUGGAGUCUUCUUCAAGUUUAGGUGAAGAUACUGACACCGUGGAAGAAGCCUUGGCCAAUUUGACUAUUGGAAAUGGUCUAAGAGAAUUCAAAGAUGAAGUGGUAAGCAAUGCGACAAAGGAUAAUUUGUACCCGAAUGAAGUGACUAUUGUGGAUAAUGAUUCUGAUAGGCUCUUUCUCAACUUCAGUAGCCAAAGUUCCAUCAUGCCUGCAGAAAUCUCUGGUGAAUUACCAUAUGAAACAGUGUCUUCUGGAAAUUCUGAUUCUGAGGAUAGUUUAGUGGGAAAAACAGUUGAGCAGUUAACCAUGUGGACGGAAAACCAUGGCACUUUAUUUAAUGAUUGUAAUCUUGGUGCUGAAGAAAAAGAGUACAGUGAUUUGGAGGAAAAGGACUUGGGUGCAUUAGAAGGUCUAGAUGAUGAUAAUGCUGAUGUUGAAAAUGUUGCCACAAUUUCUGAAGUUUCCACUCGGGAAAAUUUAUCUGGUGAUGGCAGACUUGAUUCAAUUGUUAAUUCUGCCGACAGCAUUUCUACAAAUCUUGACACUUUGGCCAACUUAUCUUUGAAAGAAAAGGUUGCAAAAUUUAUUCAGAAUGGAGAUUUGGAUCCAGUUGAAGAUCAUGUCUCUGGCAUUUCAAUUCAGGAUGAUCCUCAGGAAAGCAAAGAGAAUAUUGAAUCAGAACUAGACGAAUAUAUUCUGCCAGAUAGCCGUCCUCCUCAAGAUAAUAAUGUCAUGGCUCAUGGGAACUUAUUGACAUCCAAACUAGAUCUAUCUGGACCAGUGGAUUUGGAUAAGCCUCUUUGGGAUGAUCACUUGCCACAUGAGGUUCUAACUACUCAUUUUGACAAGAGCGCAGAUACUGAGACUCCAAAAGUGCAAAACGAAAGUGAGAUAAAUCAUCUCAAGUACAUGCUGUAUCAGAAGGAGUUGGAACUGUCUCGACUGAAGGAACAAAUUGAAAAGGAAAAGCUGGCUUUGUCUAUCUUGCAAACCAAGGCAGAAGCAGAAAUCAGCAAAGCCCGAAAACUGAUAUCUGAAAAAGAUGUAGAACUACAGUUUGCUGAAGAAAGUCUUUCAGGACUUAAGGAGGUUCAGAUUGGAUUCUGGGGUGAUGGUGACAUUGUGGAGGUGGCUGGUAGCUUCAACGGUUGGCAUCACCAAAUAAAACUGGAUCCUCAACCAUCAACUAGUGCUGUAGACAUUGGGGAAUCAAGGAGUUCCAGAUUUUGGUCAACAAUACUGUGGCUUUAUCCUGGUGUAUAUGAGGUGUGUGCAUCUUCAACGAUAUUAAUGAUAAAAUUUGUUGUUGAUGGCAAAUGGAUAACAGAUCCUCAAAGGGAGUCGGUAACAAGGGGUCACAUAUGUAACAACAUUCUAAGAGUAGAUAGAUGAUGCAUUAUGACUCAUGUCACAAUUGUUGAAUGUAUAUAAAAUGGGUACAUAAGGAUUGAAGAAAAUGGUUUGCUAUGAAUUUCUAAAAUCACCACGCUUGACAGCUAGUGGACCAGGAGGAGAGACGCAAGAAUUAGCAGAAUUUUAGUAUCUUUUGCUACCGUCCUGUUUUGUACAUUUGUGUCUAAAAUUAGGAAUUUAGGGUGGGUUAGCGGGGAGGAUUUGGUUAAUCCAUAACUGAGAAGCCGUAGCUUCAGACCACGCAAUCAUUGUAUAAAUCAAGGGAGAAUUGUAGCCUCCUCGUUUUGGUAUUCCCAAUCUCUUGUUUCUGUUAUUCUUUCAAUGGUUUUUGUUGUCAAAGCCAGUCACAAGAACCAGGAUAAAAGUACGUUUUGCCGAGCUAUGUACAUUUUACAUGUGAUAUAUGAUAACUUACUACGUUUUUCAA